CCGUUUCCGUGUUGUGCGAUAAUCCGGACCCCGGAGCGUCCCGGAGUCGCAGUGCACCGCUUUAGCGCGCUACACCUACAAUUACUGGUUUCUCAGCAGGAAAUUAUCCGGGCAAACUAGUCCGGUACGAUCAUCGCGGCCAGCAAAAACGCUCGAGUUUCUUCAGGUUUCGGGCUUCCGGAGAAAUCAGAAACCACUUGUUACUGUGGUAGAUUUAUGUGGAGAACUGUAACUGCAGACAAAAUUGUGAUAUACUGGGAGAUUUCGAUCGAUUGGUAUCGAAGUGCAUGGUGUCGGUGUGAGGGACCGGAUUUUUAGAAUGUAAGAAGGCUUCUAGGCGAGAAAUGGCGACAAAGGCUCCUUUUUGGAGAGGUUUUGGGCUUCUUCUAGUGCCCUUUACGUCGCUUAUGGUGACGUCUCAGCAGGCGUUUCAAGAGGACUGGUCGACUGCUAGGAUAUCAGAUGAACCCGAGUUUUUAGCUCCUAUACAUAAUUUAACAACUCCGGUGGGAAGAGAAGCUACACUUUCUUGUACAGUGAGCAACCUUGGAAAAUAUAAGGUGGCAUGGGUACGAGCCGAAGACCAAACAAUCUUGACCCUCCACACGAAAGUUGUAACUCACAAUUCUCGAAUCAGCGUGACGCACGACAACCUCCGAACGUGGCAGCUCCGGAUUCGCCAAUUGAAAGAGUCAGACCGCGGCUGUUACAUGUGUCAGAUCAACACCAGCAUCAUGAAAAUUCAACAGGGGUGUCUGGACGUUUACGUUCCCCCCGACAUAAUCAACGACGACACAAGCGGCGACCUCUCAGUAUCAGAGGGCGACAACGCAACCCUCUGGUGUCGGGCAACCGGUCAUCCAACACCUCGCAUAGCCUGGAGGCGAGAGGACGGCCAAUCCAUUAGCAUCCGGAAAGGACCUCGACACGACGAAAAAGUGGAAACGUACAAUGGAACAAACCUUCAAUUCUGGCGUUUGGAAAGAAAACAAAUGGGAGCCUACCUUUGUAUAGCAAGUAAUGACGUGCCACCAGCAGUCAGCAAAAGAAUUGCACUCAACGUAAACUUUGCUCCUGCCAUUACAGUGCCAAAUCAGCUGCUCGGAGCACCUCUGAACACAGACGUUCAACUAGAAUGUAACGUAGAGGCCUUUCCUAACACAAUCAACUACUGGAUGAAAAGUGAAGGCGAAAUAUUGUUAAAUGGGAGCAAGUAUACGAUAAAAGAAGAACGAAUCGGAUAUAAAGCCUAUAUGUUGCUAAUCAUUCGACUUUUCUCUACAAAUGACGUUGGAAAAUACAACUGUGUGUCGACUAAUUCGCUCGGCAAAGCUGAAGGCACCCUCAGAUUAUACGAAAUUAAAGUUGGACCAGGUGGACCUACCGAUAACCAUGUGAGCAUAGUAGGAGGUAAGCAAAUAAGUCUGGCAGAACCGGCUCGAGGGCAUCGUUCGAGGAGCAAUGAUGCAUUUUCUUCAGCAGUUCUAGCACGUCCAUUUUUUCUUGCCAUAAUAACGAUGUUGGUUCUGAGCAUUUUUCGGUGACGCAGUAACCAUUAGAUCGUUUGAGAAUCAAUGAAAAAUUACCUGCCUGUCAGAAAGGACAUUUGUGAACUUUCAAAACGAGUGUUUUAGUGCAGCGACAUUAACAAAAACUCAAUAACAUUAUAUCCAUCCAUCAUUUAAAAAACUGUGAAGAGCCUUUCAGGCUUCUUAAUACAUGUCAGUACGUACGAAUGGCGCUUUUCAAUUUGGAUCAAUCAUACCGCGAACUCUUUCCUUCCGAUAUUCUUACAGCGAGGACUUUAUAUAUUUCCAUAUUACAGUUGCUGGUAACAUUGAUUUGUUCUUUUUUGUGAGGCAGAGAUAUGGAUUUGUUGUAUUUUGGCUGUUUAUAUGACGCUAGGACAUUUUGAGAUAGAAAGUAAAUAUACAUUUGUUUAUUAUGUGAAAGACUUUAAUGACAUUAAUUAUGGAGGUGUGUGUCUACAUCGUCUGUUUGAACAACCGAUAUCAUGUUUAAUUAAUCAGUGGUAAUCAAAGGGAUGUUUUUGUCAUUAGAUACAUUUACCCUCUGCUUCCGUCACAAGAAAUACGAAGGGGAAACUAACCAUCAUCCACCUAAUUAAUUACCUUGGCAACAAUUAAGUGAUUCGUUCGAUAUUUCAUCAAAACAUCCCAUAGCGUCACUUAUAAAAAGUCUAAUUCAUAAGCUUAAAUUUAUAAACAACGUCGAAAACUAAUAUCUCAAAGUGUCCAUUUUAAAGAAGUACCAGUUGUUUUAUUUAAAAUUUGGUACUCCUUUAACAAAAACUUAAGUCAAUUUGUAAAAUUAGAAAUCCACAGUCCCAUUUUAAAAUUUCUAUUUUUUUAAAUAAUGUACUAUACUGUAAAUAUUGUGAAUGUAGGAUUAUAUUUAAGUAACAUUGUAUGGAUUUCGUAAAAGUUUGUAUAAAUCAACUGUAAAUAGUUAUGAACGAUAGAAACUGUAUUAAUUUGAUAUGGAACAUACUAAUUAGUUUAUGUAUAAUAUUAAAAUAACUCGCAAAUAAUACAUUUGUAAAAUUAAUAGAUUCCUGAAAUCGAAGUUAGUAAGUAUAGAUAUUAUGUAUUCAAAUGGUGCCAAAUCAAAAUGAAUAUAGGAUAAAUGUACGCAAAUAUAUGUAAAUUAUGUACGAAACUACUGUUUACUUUGCUCACCCUUAAUAAAUUUUCUUAUUUAAA